CAUUAACUUUGCACCAGUGUGGUCUUCGAGAUGGACCUUCACAAAAGGUUGAGGACAUCAUUGAUCUAAAUGUUUUGGGAAUUUCAGAAUUGAGUAGUCACAAGGAAUAUACUUGUUGUCUAUGUUUUCCAAGCUGUAUAACAGCCAUUUUUUUAAGUGAAUUAAACUCUGGUUUUAAUAUCUCUGUUGAUUUGGCACUGGAUGAAGAAUUGGAUUUAAAAAAUUAG